CUCCCAAUAGCAUUUGACGUUGACGUGUCGUAUAAUCGUAGAAUCAAAAGGCAAAUAAUACUUCGAUUUAAUCGAUUCGAUUCUGUAUCAGAACGCUUCGCGUCAUCAAAAAACUUGCAAAAAAUAAUUUCAAUUUACAUUUAACAUUUCCAAAUUAAAAUAACAUCGCGCAAUAUGCAUUGGAAUCCACUUUAUUCGUUAGUUAUUUUUACUUUUAUGCUUAACUAUGUGACCGGUUUGUAUUUCCAUUUGGCCGAAGGAGAAAGAAAAUGCUUUAUAGAAGAAGUGCCUUCAGAUACGAUGGUGACAACUCAUUAUAAAAUCGAGUUAUAUGAUACGCGUUCGGGCGGCUUUGCACCACCAACUUUGGGAAUCGGAAUGCACGUUGAAGUGAAAGACCCAGACGAUAAAGAAAUUUUGUCUCGUGUAUAUAGUGCAGAAGGCAAAUUUCCAUUCACAUCUCACACACCCGGUGAGCAUGUAAUUUGUCUGUACUCGAACACAUCGCAAUGGUUUAGUGGAUCCCAAUUGCGUGUUCAUUUUGAUAUCCAAGUUGGCGAACAUGCUGUCGACUAUGCUCAAGUUGCACAAAAGGAAAAACUCACCGAAUUGCAACUACGUAUUCGUCAAUUACUCAACCAAGUGGACCAAAUUACCAAAGAACAGAACUAUCAACGGUAUCGCGAAGAGCGUUUCCGUCAAACGAGCGAGAGUACAAACAAACGAGUAUUGUGGUGGUCAUUGGCUCAAGUAAUCGUUCUAGUCGCCAUGGGUUUCUGGCAAAUGCGCCAUCUCAAGACAUUCUUCGAAACGAAAAAAUUAGUUUAAUUCACAAAAAUGUACGACGUUUUUUACAUUGCGUAAAUUGCAAAUAUUUUGUGAUCUUAUGUUCCAUUCGAUACAAAUUUUUCUACCAAAAUUUAAAAUUCAAUUUCUAUUUCGCUUCCGUCAUUAACCAAACCUUUGGUACAUUUUUGGCUUAUCAUUUUACCUCGUGGCAGUUUAAUUAUGGAUUUUUUUUAGUUUAAAUAGUUGUACGAAUGGAUGAAUUUAAAUAGAAGGAGAGAGUGGAGCGAAAAUAACAUUUAAAAAAGUUUGAACUUGUAAUUUAUGGAGAAGUGAAUAAAGAUGAAAGUUUUUGAUCGCAUUGAUACAAUUCGAUGCAUAUGAA